UUAUGCCCGUUCUAGACUGGAGGAUGAGCCGACUCUCGGCUCAUCCGAGUGAGUGGUGUAGACGGAUAAAAGUCAUACUAAAGACUUCUGAAGUUAGCUUUCAAUCGUACCAAUUGAAAGUGUUUGAAGUAAUAUUUACAAAUGGAAUCCAAAAAUAAGAAACUGUCAACGAGAGAAAUGGUAAAAGCAAGGAAAAAAAAGAUUUUGGAAGUAAAAACAAGAUGUGUUUCAUUUGACGAAGAAGAAAUUUUUAAUUUAAUAUCAAUAUAUUCUCUGCCAGCAAUACAAAAUGAGUUUAAAAAAAGUAAAAGGCAUUCAUUGAUAUACGAAAAAAUCGCUACUCUCCAUAACAUGUCAGAAGAGUAUUGCAGAAAUGCAAAAGAUAUUCAAACUAAAAUAAAAAAUUUAAGAUCUGAAUAUAUAAAAAAGAAACCCAAAUCAGGAGGUACACCACCUGAUGAUUUUCCAUUUUAUGAUGUUUUACAUAAGCUGUGGAGUGAAAAAGAUAUAUUUAAUGACAAGGUAAAAAUCCUUAAAAAAUUAUUAUUAAUAUACCAUCAGAAUUAUCAUCAACCAUUGAAUCAUCAAGAAGUUCAUCAUUAA